AUGCCUAUUUACAAAUGGUUAGAAAAUUCGUGGCAGAGAGAUGUCACUCUACCAGUGAUGAAACCAUGGCUGAUUUUAAGCAACAAAAAAGCGUUGGAGAAAAAGAAUAUGAAGCUGUACCAUGUAGGUCAGACAAUCACGGACCAGAAGAAACAAUUGACAAAUUAUGGUUUCGACAAUUUCGAGGAGUGGAUCUCAAGCGAAGGAUUAUCCAUGACAUAUGAGAAGUUCCGAGUGAUGGAUUGGGACGACGCUUUGAACGAGCAAUUAUUCGAACAUUUCAGCACAGUGAUCCUCGAAUUGAAAAAGCGUCGUCACGAACAGGACGAAAUGGACGAAUCGGAAUAUUUAUCAUCGCGCAACAUGAAGGCCACCUCCAUGUCAUCCAUGACUGUUCUUACAGUGGAUCCACAUGUCGAUGCCUCCAUAUCCAGAGAUUACGAGAUUACACCACAGAAGCAGAAGACGAUGGAUAUAGUCCAUACUGGGAUCAAAGCCAAAAAGACGCUAUUCCCGAAGGAGAAAUUACAGUCGCGGAAGCGGAAAGUAUUUAGUUCGGAAGAAGAGGAGGAGAACGGCGUGAUUCCUCAUUCUUUCAAACAAUACAUGGAGAAAAAACAGGCAACGAUAACUCACAGUCAAACAAGUGUGGAGGACGAGUCGGAGCCCGUUGUGGACAUUCAACCUCCGAAGAUGAAGAAAAACAAGACAGAAGUGCGCCCACUUCUGGGAGGUUUCGUUCCCCAGGUCCAACAUCAAGGUGUUUGUUGGCGCAACCAACAAACCUUUUACGUACCGGGCCCACAGUGA